GUCUGUCCAAGAAGCCCUCUCUGCUGACUCAUAAGGUCCAUAUCCUGGACCCUGGAGAGAGCCUCACCCUGCAGUGUUGCUCUGACAUCAACUAUGACAGAUUUGCUCUCUACAAAUUGGGGGGAGUUGAAGUCAUCCAGCAUGGUGGCCAGUGGACCAAGGCUGGCCUCUCCAUGGCCAACUUCACACUGGGCUAUGUGAGCAGCUCUACUGGAGGCCAAUACAGAUGCUAUGGUGCACACAAGCUCUCCUCUGAGUGGUCAGCCUCCAGUGAUCCCCUGGACAUCAUGAUCGCGGGACAGCUUCCUGACAGCCCUUCCCUCUCAGUGAAGCCAAACUCAGUGCAGUCUGGAGACAACGUGACCCUGCUGUGUCAGUCAACAUACAGAGCAGACACUUUCAUUCUGUCCAAGGAGGGAGCAGCCCACCAACCCCAGCGAUUGAAAUCCAAGUCCCAAGAUUGGAAGUCCCAGGCAGAAUUCUCCAUGACUGCUGUGACCUCUGCCCUCUCAGGCACCUACAGGUGCUACAGGUCUCAAGACUCAUCUCCCUACCUGUUGUCACAUGCCAGUGCCCCUGUGGAGCUCUCUGUCUCAGGACCCAUUAGUGCCUCCAGACAACCACCCUCAAGUCCCACACCAACAGCUGCAUCAGUGAACAAGGAUUACACAGUGGAGAAUCUCAUCAGGAUGGGGAUUGCUGUCCUGGUCCUCAUAGUCCUUGGGAUUCUGGUCUUAGAGGCUUGGGGCAGCCAGAGCCAGGCCCACCAUGUAGCUGAGAAGUAA